AUGGAUAUCAAACAAUCGACUACAGAUGGCAACAUUGAGGUCUUAGAGGACCUAUUUCGACAGGCCAAUGAAUCGAGCACUUCAAACCAAAAAAACCACCUUCAAUAUGUCAUCUUCUUGCCAGGGUUAUUCCACUAUAAAAUGGUGUGCGCCGAUGCCCUUUGGUGUACACAUAUCCAGCCGAAAGAAGGACAUGAUGAUGAGAAUAGCCUGUAUCAGCACAUAGGCAUUCUACGGCCUGAUGAAACGGGGAAGAUUGUUAGCAAGCCAGGAUUCAGGCGUGUACACGAUGUCCUUCAUCAUGAUGUCUGGGCCUCGAUGCUUGAUUGUUGGCGGAUCGAGGCACAACACCAAAACGCGAUGUAUACAACACUGAAAAAAUUUGCCGAAUCAGAGCCAACCUGGGACGUCAUUGUCAUGAUGUCACAUACCAUUGUGCAGAAAUACGUGGCAACAACAGACGGCCUGGAUACUGCAUGGUCAAAACCAGUGGGACAACGAGAUAAGCGGUUCGAAAACCAAACCUUGCGUAACCGAGACGAGCUGCUGUAUAUUGACCUGUGUCAGGCCAUGAAUACUGGAGACAUUGGGAGGGUAGAGGUGUCCUUCCUCCCAUGGAUAUACAUUUUCAAAGCUACCGGAAAGCAUAAGUACUCGUCACAGAUAUCCAGAUUUCUGAACAACUUACAGUUUAACUGGCCGGAAUCAUUGAGUGCAGCAUUCCGCGCUGUUGACUGGCUUGUUGAACUGAAACAACCUGUACACCAAGCUGGCCCAAACGGCACUCUUGAGCACAUUAUAAAGGAAUCUCUGCUCAUUGAAGUAUACCGUAGCUGUCAUGUUACUAUGGAGAACGUGUUUCACUUACAGUACCGAACCAUUCGGCACUCAGCACCGGAUAUGACGAAGACAAUAAAAAAACUAUCUGGGCGUAUGAAAGACAAGAAUGUACAUCUGUCAAAGGACAGCCGGAAGGCCCUGCGAGUAGUACUGGACCAGGUUUCAGCAGGAAUGACACUGAUGCAGGAACAACAGGUUAUUAAUGAAGAGGAUAGUAGUAGUUUUGACAUUGAGGCAGACGAUUUCCUUGACUAA